CACACACAACAGGUCGAACGAGGCAGCACACACAGCAAAACCGAACCGAAAUAAUAUCGAUAAAUUGUUAAAGUAGGAUUUUGUAUGAUUUAAUAGAUCGUUUCUGCAAUGCUUUGCGUAUCCCGUCUGGCCGUUAUAAAUCUAGGAACCGUUUGGCGGCGAUCUGCGUCCUCAGAGGAGUCCGACACCAAAGCCAAGGUUUUAGGAAAAUCACCUGUGGCAUCGAGGGACUUCCAGAGAUCGCUCCCGCCGCACACACGAAGGGGUUACAUCAAAUGGUUCAGCAAACUGAGCCACUGCAAGAGGACUUCUCGCUCCUUGCAGGGCAGAAUGUACACCCACUAUCCCAGGAAUUAGGUAGCUGCUCCUCCGAAGAGCAGAUCCCAUCUGCAGCAGCAGGCGUUUGGCAAUUAAAACUGCAUCUGGUGUGGAGAUUAGCUCACGUCGCGCUCUUAUGGGUGACCCAUAUUUUUUGGUUUUGUUUUCGAAGCUGGGAGCCGGUUGUGCCGGCCAGUCGCGAAUAUUGGUCAGUGGAGCGAUUGGCACUGCUGGCCUGGUAAAUGGCCCCUUUUCCAGACUCGCUUUCUCGUUUUUACCAGGCCUUUAUCUCUGGCCACAGGCAAAUUAGUCAAAUGGUAACAAUUAUAUAAUAAUCUAGUUAUAUUCGGACGCCGCCGAAGCGAGUGUCCCGGCGAGAAGUGGGCGUUUCUGCGGGCUGCCUUUCACUUUUUCUGGAUCGGAUCGGACCAGACCGGGCGGGCCAGCUGUGCCAGGAUAUAUAUCAAGCGGCACGAUUAUACAAUGCUUCGAUGCUGGAUCGGCACGUAAUUAGUGGCGGGCGACGAAAACAAAGCUACACAGAACCAAAUAUAAAAUAGUAUUAUCGUUAAAAGA